CUGGUUGAAGUGCUCUCUGCUCUGCUGCUUCACUGUGGGCUGGGCAGAUUAUUGAUUCAUUUUUGGUCCCAGGAAUGAUCCACUCGUCACUGCGGCGGUACUGGAUCGGCCACAUUCGUCUAGCACUCACGCUUUUCGGACUGUCGCGUCAGAUUUGCACGCUGGGAAUUAGACCAUCAGCCGCCUCGUGCGCACUUAACAAUCAUUUCAGAGAUUAUCAGUUCUCUUCUACCCUGAGAUAUCACUAUUACAGCACUGGAGAACCAGUCAUGACAUCCUCAGGUGUGCUCCAUGUUAAAUCCAGAUGCCCCCAGUACCCAGGGUCCCAGGUAAAGCGAUGCCCUGUGCCAGAUGACAAGGUGGAGUGGAGUCAGAACUGGCCUGAGUACAGCCCUGUCAGUCACACCGAUCCAGCUGUCACCAAAAAGCCAAAAUGGGCAGACCCUGAAAUUGGUAAGUUUUCUGUAAAGUUCAAUGCCUUGGAUGGCGAAGUUGACCGCACAAGUUUUGAAGGCAACUACAGAGUGGAAAAUGGAAAGCCUCUAAACCCCAGGGGGCGCACAGGAGUAACAGGUAGAGGUCUGCUUGGACGUUGGGGGCCAAAUCACGCGGCGGACCCCAUCGUCACUAGAUGGAAAAUGGAUAAAAAAGGAGCCAAGAUGCCACAUGCAGUUUCUAAACGUCCCAUUCUGCAGUUUGUGUCAAUUAAGAGGAAGGACUGUGGAGAGUGGGCCAUACCUGGGGGUAUGGUAGACCCAGGGGAACAAAUUUCCCUCACACUGCAGCGGGAAUUCUCAGAAGAAGCUUUAAACUCCCUUGCAAUGUCGGCAUCGGACAAGACGAAACUGCAUGCGCGUAUAACCAAUCUCUUUAAGUCACCUGGGAUUGAGGUGUAUAAAGGGUAUGUAGAUGAUCCAAGAAACACUGACAAUGCUUGGAUGGAAACGGUGGCGGUCAACUUUCAUGAUGAGUCAGGUGAUAGUGUGAGUGAGCUGCCACUGCAGGCGGGGGAUGAUGCCGGACAAGUGCAGUGGGUGGAUGUUGACUCGUCCUUCCCACUCUAUGCCAGCCAUUCUUCUUUCCUGGAGCGAGUGGCCAAAGAGAGGAGUGCUCACUGGUAGCUGAUUUAGUUGAAUUUAAAUUUAACCAAAAUAAUGUGUUGAAAUCAUGUAAGUAUUCAUCUCUUAAUGAAGUUUCAUUAAUUCAAGUUACAAUUACAAGUUCAUUUGCACUGACUAAAUGAACUUGACUUGGUGGCUGCUAAACCACAUUUCAGUAUGGAAGAACUGUUUAUUUGUUUUUUGUUUUUUUUUGUUUUUUACCAAGCAUGCAAUUUAUUUUCUAAUUUGUUAAAUUAGGAUUUUUUUUUUUUCAUUUACAUUUACCAGUGCAUUAUACAAGUGCUGAUCGUAAAUAAUUUGCUCUGAUGCAGCUAUAGCCUAUCAAUCACAAUGUAUAAUAUUCAGAAGAAGACCUAACUGUCAUACUGUGUAUGAUUAUCAGUCAAAUUGCAAGCUUUAUUGAGCACUUAAGCUAUAUUUUAUUUCACAUCUCUGUACAUCCGCCGCUCUGAUGCAUGUCAUGAAUCCAGCCAAAAAAUGUUUUGCACUGAAUGUAUAGCAUAAAUAUCUUGCCAUAUACCUCUGAUUUUGAAUCUGAAAUAAAUGUUUGUCUAAAUUUG